AUGGCACCAACAGUUUCCGAUUUGGAGGCAAUCGCCUCGACCUUCCUCAAGUCGUUCGAUACUCUUUCGCCAGACACCUCUUUCCGUGCUCCAACAUGCAUGACCGUCUUUGCGCCUGCCUCGGCCAACAUAUUGCCAAAGAACAACGCUGAAUUUUCCACUCAUAUGACCAACGUACUCAAGCCAAUCCUUACAAGCCUUCCAUUUUCUCCCAAAGAGAUUCAUGUGAACGAGGCUAAACGUCAAAUCACUAUUUGGGCUACUGCUAUAGCACAGUUUCGUCCAGAAGUUAUGGAUGGUGAUCCAGCAGAGUGGAUCCGCACUCGCGAGUAUAUCUUCAUUUUGGAUGUUAGUGAAGAAGGAAAGAUAACUCGCGUCCUGGAAUUUAUUGACACCCAAGUGGCGAAGGAGAUGAAGGCAUUGGUGGAAAGGGCGAUAGAGAAUUUGAAAGCAAAUACAAACAAGUAA